AUGUCUGCGCCAGACAGCCCUGACACCUCCCUGCAGAGCACCCGCGAAAGCGACUACUUCAAAUUCAAGCGCAUUGCUGCCUGGACCUUUGUCGUCGCGUCCCCCGUCCUCAUCGCCCUGCCGCCCCGCAAGCUGGACCUCAACACCGUCGCUCUGUCAGCCGCCUUCGCCGUGUCGGCCAAUCACCUCUACCGCGACAGCAACCCCUAUGGCCGCGGCAUCAUCGACGAUGUCGGCGUGAAAUACCUCGGCAAGUCGGCUGAGCCACCGCGCUCGCAGGGCAUUGCCAAUCUGUUCAAUGCCCUGCCCACGGAGAAAGCACAGGAAGUGCAAGCCAGGCUGCGAGCGUCGAAGGAAGCCGCUAUUCACAACGAAGACGAGCUGGAAAAAUACAAAAUCAACAGACGCUUCGAGGAUCGAUCGCUGCCGGAGAAGAUCUGGAUGGGCUCCGAGCCAGAAGGUUGGAAGGAGAAGCGACUGCGCGAAGAGCAAAAGGCCUUGGAUGAAGGGAAAGGCUAUGGAGAUUUGAUUAUGGAUCAUAUCUGGGAAGUGUGGAAUUGGGGGAAGCCGGCUGAUCAGAAGAAGAGAGAGGAGAUUGCGCAGAGAGAUAAGGACAAUGAAGAAAGUUCAUGA